UUUCAACAUAACAACGGAUAUGGCUGACACGAAUGGCAAGCCCAGCCCGCUGAGGUUGGAGGAAGUUGUCUUCGACAUCGAUUUCCACCCCACAACCAGCCUGUUGGCAACAGGGCUCAUCACGGGCGAAGUUUCCCUGUACGAAUACUCUGCGGAUGGACACGAGGAGCACCCCAUGGAAUCACAACACGAAUCGUCGUGCCGCGCCGUUCUCUUCUCUCACGACGGACGCAGCCUGUUCACGGCAUCCAGCGAUGCCAGUCUGCAGGUAAUUGACGUCGUUUCUGGAACCGUGGUGCACCGCCGGGAGCAGAGCCACAAGCACCCGAUCAACUGCCUGACGCUCUUGAGCAACGGCGUGCUCGCAUCUGGCGACGACAACGGCGGCAUCAGGUUAUGGGACCGGCGCACGCGGGAGAUGGUGCAGUCGUACAAUGCACACGAGCAGUUUGUCUCUAAUAUGACCUCCAUCGACAACACACUCCUCGCUGCUGGCGGUGACGGCCGGUUGAGCGCACGCGACAUUUCUGCAAAGACGACAAAGACGUCCGAUCAAGUGGAGUACGGGCUCACGUGCCUCUCGGUCGUUCACGGUGGAGCGAAGGUUCUAUGCGGUGCCGAAAACGGCUCGAUGCCAAUGUACACGACUGGACGAUGGGGCGAUAUGAGUGACCGUGUGGUUGGACACCCGACAGACGUCUCCGUGGAUGCCAUGAUCAGCGUCGACGACGAUGCUGUGCUGAUUGGCAGCCUGGACGGCGGCGUGCGCGUGGUCAGCGUGUUUCCCAACAGGGUCGUGGCGCGCAUCGGUUCACACAAGGACGCCGUCGAGGCCUUUGCAAUGUCAUAUGACCGCAAGUGGGUUGCGUCGUGCGCACAGGACAAGACAGUUCGUUUCUGGGACAGGAGCAAAGUUGUGGCCAAGAGGGAGGAGGUGUUUGCGACAAACGACGAUGACGACGACGAACACAAAGUCGAAGCCGACAACGCAGACGAGGCAGUUGGUGGCGGCGAUGACAGUGGUGAUGGUGAUGGUGAUGGUGACGAUGGUGCGGAACAAGAGGGCGCCAAGGUGACUAGUGCUGGCAAUGAUCAAGGCAAUGACGACAACAAUGACGACGACAAUGACAAGGACGACGAUGAUGAUGAUAAUGAUGAUGAUGAUGAUGAUGAUCUCCUGGCCAUUGAACACCAGCAGCUGAGGCCAAAGAAGAAGAGCAAGUCAAGCAAGCCCAAAACAAGAGCUUUCUUUGAUGAUCUCUGACACGCGCCUGAAGUCAGCCACAUUGUGUCUCACUGCACCACGUCCCCCCUCCCACUUUCUUUCUUUUGAUUCGGUUGUUGACUUCCUUCACCUGCCUGUUGUGUUGUGUCGUGCAUGAGCGCACUUGUUGCUGUCUUGUCUUGCAACUGCUCUGGGCUGGCUCGUUGCCCCGUGUCUCGAACAUUUACAUUUACAUUUACAUUUACAUUCACACACCCAUGGCCAUGGUGGCAACAGAACACUUUUGCACGGACACAUCAUCACAAUGACGUGUUGUGCGUGACACCACGCUGGGGACGGAACAUUGUUUUAUUUGGAGGAGGAAACACAACACACACGUUUGCAUACACAUGCACACAUACACAGAGUUGAAGCAGUAAGACAACAAU